CUUCCCCUUCCCCUUCCCCCACACCAUUUCUCAAAACCCUAAACCUUCUCUCUCACUCACGCUCUCUCCCCUCAUCCAUGGCGACUUCUUCCUCCGCGGCGGCGGCGGAGGACGAUGGCCGCGGCGGCUGCGGCAAGGAGGAGGAGGAGGAGGAGGAGGAGGAGCCGUACCUGGUGGGCUUCGUGGUCGCGAAUAUCGUGGGGCUCCGCUACUACACCGGGCGUGUGAGCGGGCGCGAGCUCGUCGUCCUCGUCCGCGAGCCCCUCAACCCCUACGACUCCAACGCCAUCAAGGUCCUCAACACCCGCUCCGCCCAGGUCGGCCACCUCGAGCGCGCCGCCGCCAAGGCCCUCGCCCCGCUCCUCGACUCCCGCCUCCUCGCCGCCGCCGACGCCCUCGUCCCCACAAUCCCCCCCAGCCGUUACCUCUUCCGCCUCCCCUGCCAGAUCCACCUCUUCGCCCGCCCCGCCGCCGCCGACCUCGUCCGCGCCGCCGUCUCCGCCGCCGGACUCCGGCUCGUCGACCCCUCCGACCCCGAGUUCCCGCUCUCCGCCGCCGCCGCCGUCGCCGAGGGCGGGACCCGGAACGUUGAUGAGAUCUUCGCCCUGGUCGGGAAGGUCGAUGCGGCGGCCGAUCCGAUGGAGCCGCCGAGGGAGGUGGUCGUUACGGAGCUGUUCGAGCACCAGAAGAUAGGGUUAGGGUUCUUGGUCCGGCGGGAGAAUUCCUGCGAACUGCUGCUGUUCUGGGAGGCGGCGGAUAGCGGGGGAUUCAGGAAUGUGCUCACCAACCACCAGACCCAGGACCGGCCUGAGCCGCUGCGGGGCGGGAUCUUCGCGGACGACAUGGGCUUGGGCAAAACUCUAACCUUGCUCUCUUUAAUCGCCGUGAAUCGAAAAGAUGGAGUUUUCGCUUCUUCAGAGGAGAAUUCGGGUGGCAGAGGCAAAAAGAUGAGCUCUUGCGGUGGUCGGAAGCAGGGAUUGGGUAAAAAGGCCGGGAAUUCUCGGAAAAGGCGGAAUCUUGAUGAUGGUGGCCGUGGAGAGAACGAUGAGGAGGGUUCUUUAAGCUCGAACGCGACAUUGGUCGUGUGCCCGCCUUCGGUGUUCUCUUCUUGGAUAAGCCAACUGGAAGAGCAUACGAAGCCUGGUAGUUUGAAGGUGUACAUGUAUCACGGAGAAAGAACCAGGGUGAAGGAGGAGCUUAUGAAGUACGACAUUGUGUUCACGACGUAUAGUACGUUAUCUGCGGAAUUUAAUGACUCUGAUUCCCCGAUGAAGGAGAUAGAAUGGUUUAGGGUAAUUCUUGAUGAGGCCCAUGUGAUCAAGAAUUUUGCAGCUCAGCAGACGAAAGCUGUUAUCGCAUUGAAGGCUGAGAGGAGGUGGGUAGUCACGGGAACGCCCAUUCAGAACAACUCCUUCGAUCUGUUCGCGCUCAUGGCUUUUCUGAAGUUUCAGCCGUUCUCGAUCAAGAGCUAUUGGCAGAGCCUGGUGCAGCGCCCGUUAGAUCAAGGAAGUAAGAGCGGGUUGUCGCGCUUACAAGCCUUGCUUGGAGCUAUCUCAUUGCGAAGAACAAAAGAGACGCAGAAUGGUAACGAGAGUGUGGUUGGAUUGCCGCCUAAAAUUGUUGAAACAUGUUUUGUUGAGCUUUCUUCUGAGGAACGUGGCUGUUAUGAUCGAAUGGAGGAGGAAGCAAAAAACACAGUGAGGGGGUACAUCGAUGCAGACUCUGUAUUGCGCAAUUACUCGACUGUACUUUGUAUCAUAUUGCGGCUUCGCCAAAUCUGUAAUGAUGUUUCAUUGUGUCCUUUGGACAUUAAAUCCAUACUUCCAUCGGAUACUCUUGAAGAUGUGUCUAAGAAUCCAGAGUUGCUGAAGAAGCUUGCCUCGCUGGUCAAAGACGGAGACGACUUUGACUGCCCCGUCUGCCUCUGCCCGCCGAUCAAAACUGUUAUAACAUGUUGUGCUCACUUAUUCUGCCAAUCCUGCAUACUUAAGACUCUCAAGCACUUAAACGCUCGUUGCCCCAUGUGUCGUCACCCCUUAUCAAAAUCUGACCUCUUUCUCGCCCCAGAAUCCCAAUCUACCUUGGAAGACGACUUGAAAUCUGUCUCUUCCAACCGACCAAUCUCAUCGAAAGUUUCUACCUUGUUGAAACUUCUUUUUUUGUCAAAGAAACAAGACCCCUCAACGAAGUCCGUCGUUUUCUCUCAAUUCAGAAAGAUGCUAGUCUUGCUCGAGGAGCCUCUUAAAGCUGCAGGGUUUAAUAUCUUGCGGUUAGAUGGGUCGAUGACCAUGAAGAAGAGAGCAGAUGUUAUCAGAGAGUUCGCGCGAACCGAUCCCGAUGCACCGAAUGUGUUACUGGCGAGCCUCAAGGCCGCAGGUGUGGGAAUAAACCUCACAGCGGCGUCGAGAGUGUAUUUAUUUGAUCCGUGGUGGAACCCAGGGGCUGAGGAGCAGGCAAUGGAUCGGGUGCACCGAAUCGGACAGCAGCGGGAAGUGAGGGUAGUAAGAUUGGUAGUGAAAGGUAGCAUCGAGGAGAGGAUAAUGGAGUUGCAGGAGAAAAAGAGGAGACUAGCAAGCGGAGCAUUCGGGAAGAAGGGGGCAAAGGAACAAAAUCAGAUGCGUGUUGAAGACCUUUGCAUCCUGAUGAACCUAUAUGGGUAUGGGACGACCUGUACAUUCUCCCCUAAGAUAGUAGGACCGCAGCCUGAGCUUAUCGACACACCACUAGGGUGUAGGUGGAAUACCAGACUGGCUUUUCGGGACAAUGUCAGGACUACUGACAUUGAGUUUUAUCGUGAUCAGCUUGAUCAGCAGCUAGAGUCUCAGAUUACAUGGAGGCCUUAUACAGACAGUAUUAGAUACGCUCCCACCCUUUUGUCUAGCGGGGUCCCAGGUUUGGCGAUCGAGGACCACCUUAGUCUGCUUCCACAUUAUUGAGCUGCAUCUUUCGGAUUGUGUGCUUCGACAGUUUGGUCUAUUACAGUAUAUAUCUGAUGCAGUGGUUGCCAUACCUCGCGACACUUUACGAGGUAGAGUAGAUAAGAAUUGGGCGGCAUACCAUACUUCAUAUAUUCAGCGUUAAGAUGAUAGAUUGGUGGAUAUAGUAGAGGUGGAUCCGGAGGUAGAUCCAAAUCAUAUACGAGCUAUCACUGUUUACAUGCAGCGGUAUUGGAGGAUCACCAAGAGGUGGAUAUUUAGACAAGUACAGAGGGCAUCCCUUGGGUAUCAGCCACAUGGUCACGUCGAGAGAGUAUUGGUCGAUAUCAUAUAGAGAUCACAUUAUACGAUUAGACGUGUUCAGCUAGAUAUUACAGGAGGUAGAAUAUUAGAUGCCCUAUCACACGUUGCCGAUCAGAUGAAAGCAGUUUUGGAGAUUUUACCUACGCUUUCAUAUACUGUACCUCCACGGCCAGCAGAAUAUGGUGGACCAUCGACGUCAGGCCAUAUACCAAUUUAUAGUCCACCAAAGUCAUCUUCACCGAUACAGGAGCCACCUUAUGUACCAGAGGAUCCACCUCGGCCAGUUGAUAUUGUUUAUUAUAGGCGCCGACGUCAGUUGCAGUCUCUCCGUAUAGAUUAGCCUUCAUCUUCAUCUCCUCUACGGCCAGACAUACUACCGACACCUGUUAUUAUUGAGCACGAGAUUAGCCGGGUGAUCGAAACGCAAGACACUCAGCCUAUUAUCGAGGGUGCUGCUAUCGAGCAUCUCGACCAGUUGGAGGUCUUAGAGCCUUUUGAUGAGCAUGGUGUUGAUCGUGGUAGAGAACGUGUAGGUAGACGUGGUCGAGGGAUUAGGAGGAGAACAUGACAUUAUAUUUUUAUAAAUUUUAAAUUACACCGAACUUUCUAUAUUAUGGAGAAACUUGCUUUAAUUUUUGAUAUUCUGUUGUGAUGAUCUGGUAUUGAUGCUUUAUUGAUGUUCUGUUGGAUUUGUUGUUAUAUUGUUGAUAUUGAAUUUCUUGUAUUGUUGUAUU